UUGCGUUAAGCAAAAGGACCCCAACGCAUGAACUGCCUGGAAGUCUCUUUAUCAACUCACCAUCGCGCUCACGCCGCUCAGCAUAAAUACCCUGAGGCUUGUGCUUUGCUUGGCGACCAAGCUUUUCACCAUUCGCCGACGUUGAGCAUUCCGUGCGUGCCUUGAAUUUUGGGAAUCGAAGGAGAAAAAAUGGAGGGAGGAAGAGGGAGAUUGCUGCCACUGCUGGCUUUCCACGCCGCGAGCGAGUAUUACAGGCUCGACCGGACCCCUGUCACUGCCUGCCUUCUCGCCGCCAAUACUGUCAUUUAUCUGAGGCCCGGAUUUCUCCACUCCAUCCUCCCUCCCAUCGACGAGGUCUGGUUCAAUCCCCACCUCAUCCUUAAGCACAGGGACCUGAAGCGUUUUUUCUUGUCGGCAUUCUACCAUGUGGGUGAAUCUCACCUGGUCUAUAACAUGAUGUCACUCUUGUGGAAGGGGAUCCAGUUGGAGACUUCAAUGGGAAGCGCUGAAUUUGCCUCUAUGGUUACUGCUCUUCUUGGUAUGUCCCAGGGAAUCACACUGCUACUAGCAAAAUCCCUUCUCUUGUUCUUUGAUUACGAGAGACCUUACUACUCCGAGUUUUCUGUUGGAUUUUCUGGUGUUCUCUUUGCCAUGAAAGUUGUUCUGAAUUCUCAGUCAGAAAACUACUCUUACGUGCAUGGGGUAGUUGUACCGGCACGUUAUGCUGCAUGGGCGGAGUUGAUUCUCAUCCAAAUGUUUGUACCUGGUGUCUCAUUCCUCGGUCACCUUGGUGGAAUACUAGCCGGGCUUCUCUAUCUGCGGCUGAAAAGUAGAUAUUCAGGCUCAGAUCCAUUGACUUUAAUCUUCAGGGGUCUCGCUGGCGCAUUGAGCUGGCCAGUGAGGAUUGUAAAGGGCUUGUUUCGAUCCCCACGACGACGAAUUUCUGGUAGAGGAAAUGUUGGUCGGGAUCACACAGGGAGGACUGUUUCAGAUAGAUGGAGAUGCCAAGCAUGUACAUAUGAUAAUUCUGGUUGGUUAAGCAUUUGUGAGAUGUGUGGGACAAAUAGAAAUGACAAUGGAUUUUCUCCCCGUCAGGUAUCACACCAUUCUCGUGACCUUCCUUUAGAUGAAUUACGUCGUAGGAGAAUGGAAAGAUUUGGGAGAUGAUAUCAAUCAAUUGAUUCAGUUCAUGAUGGAGGCCCUCGUGCUUGUCCAGUCAUUAAGACAGGAGACACAAUCACAAGAAGAAGAAAGAAGAUUCAAUUUAAGAAUGCAGAUAUAUUUAGCAAGACAUUAUUUCUAAAUAUAAUAUUUUCAAUUUCUCAUCA